AUGGCAAAGAAAAGCAAGGCGUUAAUGGAAGAUGAUAUAUCUACGGAUGAUUUGCUACGGCGUCUCGAAGACUCGGAGCCUCAACGCAAACGACUUGAUAGCGAUGGUUCGGCCGAUUACUCUCAUGCUAAUGGAACGUCUGGCGACGCCUCUGAUGAUGCGGAGGUCGAGAUCGCAAAGGACUCAUCUCGAAUAUCUCUACAAUCGAAACCUCGAAUACCAACAUUACCCAAAUCCACCGCAUCGAAGUCAAUAGCAUCCUUCGCAGAUCUGGGAGCAUCCAAGGCGCUCGUGGCAUCCCUUGCGAGCAUGUCGAUUCGUUCACCGACUGAAGUGCAAGUAGUGUGUAUUCCUCCGUUAUUAGCUGACAUGGAUUGUGUUGGUAACGUGCAGACAGGUUCAGGGAAAACAAUUGCAUUUGCGCUACCUGUCCUACAAAAACUAUCUCUUGAUCCCUAUGGAAUCUAUGCUCUAGUUCUUACGCCUACACGAGAGCUUGCAUUCCAAAUCUCCGAACAAUUUGCUGUCCUUGGUGCUCCCCUUAACAUCCAAACAGCCAUAAUUGUUGGUGGAAUGGACAUGAUAACCCAAGCACUUGAGCUUAACAACCGUCCACACGUUGUCGUUGCAACUCCCGGGCGAAUCGUUAUCAUCUGA